CUUGCAACUGUUGAAGGAGCCCACGAACACUCACCAAACAAAACCCACAUCAUUAGAAUGGUUAUAGGUACAUAAUAUUAUAUUAAUAUUAUAUUGUUGUACAUAUUAAGUGGGAUCUAUCAAAAUAAAAAAAUUAAAUAGAUUCCAGUUCAUGUGAAUAUUAUAUACAUUUCUACGUACAUUUAUAAUAUGUUGAAUAAAUUAAUCACACAAUACAAAUAUAGCAUAUCUACAGUAAUACUUUUACCCAACCAAUAAAAGCAAGAGCAGAACAUGCCAAUCUCAUUGAAUAUGUCCAACCACAUUUGAGAAAACCCCAGAAGGUUUCAGUUUUCCUUGCGCUUAUUCACAUACCAACAGCGGUUUCUUUCGUACACAUGGCGGCGGGGACGCUGGACGUGGCGGAGGUGGCGGCGGAGCUGAGAUCCACCUUCGCCGCCGGCAAGACCCGGGCUUUCCACUGGCGGGUUUCGCAGCUGAAGGCCCUUCUGAAAAUGGCCACCCAACACGAGGGGGAAAUAGUCCAAGCUUUGCGUGCUGAUCUCAACAAGCCGGAACUCGAAGCAUUUGCUCAUGAGACAAAUUUCAAAUCUUGGACAGGCUUUGUGUUUCUUGGUGUGAUUCGUUUGAAGGAUGUGGGGUUAAAGAUUUUGUCUUUUGCAGCAUUUAAUAUUACCCAGGUGCAGGCUACAUGCCGACAGGCAUUGAAGGAAUUGAACUAUUGGAUGAAGCCUAAAAAGGUGAGAACUUCCCUUCUCAGUUUUCCUUCAUCAGCUGAAAUAGUAUCUGAGCCUCUGGGUAUUGUGUUGAUCAUAUCAACUUGGAACUUUCCCUUUCUAUUGUCGGUUGCCCCAGUAAUUGGUGCAAUAGCAGCUGGAAAUGUUAUAGUCUUAAAGCCAUCUGAGGUGGCCCCCGCAACAUCCUCGUUACUCGCAAAGCUUCUCGGAGAUUAUCUCGACACAUCAGCAGUAAAAGUUGUCGAGGGUGCAGUGCCCGAAGCAACUGCAUUGCUCGAGCAAAAAUGGGACAAGAUAUUUUACACGGGGAACGGGAACGUGGGAAGAGUCGUAUUAGCUGCUGCUGCAAAGCAUCUUACUCCUGUUGUUUUGGAGCUUGGUGGGAAAUCUCCUGUGGUGGUUGACACAGACAUUAAUCUGAAGGUUGCUGUGAAACGGAUAAUUUGGGGCAAGUGGGCAUGCAACAAUGGACAAGCCUGUAUUUCACCUGAUUAUGUAAUAACUACAAAAGAGUAUGCUUCUAAAGUGGUGGAUGCUCUGAAAGCUGAACUUGAGAAAUUUUACGGAAAAGAUCCAGUUAGAUCUAAGGACUUAUCGAGUAUUAUAAAUACGCACCAUUUUGACCGUGUGUCGAAGUUAUUAGAAGAUGACAAGGUUUAUGGGACGAUUGUUUGUGGAGGUCAACAGGAUAGAACAAAUCUCAAGAUUGCUCCAACUAUCUUAUUGGAUGUUCCAGAGGAUUCUCUGAUCAUGAACGAGGAGAUUUUUGGUCCCUUACUUCCCAUUAUAACGGUAAAACUUAGUAAUGGUUUCAGCCUUCAGGUUAACAACAUUGACGAAUGCUUUCGUUUGAUUAAUGCCAAAGAGAAGCCACUCGCUGCGUAUCUUUUUACAAAUAACAAGAAGCUAAAGGAGGAGUUCAUAAGAAACAUCCCGGCUGGGGGUAUGACGAUUAACGACACUGUUUUACACUUUUCAGAAAACGGUUUGCCGUUUGGAGGUGUAGGAGAAAGCGGCAUGGGGGCUUAUCAUGGAAAAUUCUCGUUCGAUGCUUUCAGUCAUAAGAAGGCUGUGUUAAAACGGUGUUUUAUUGGGGAGGUGCCUCAAAGAUACCCGCCUUAUAAUCGAGGGAAAAUUCGAUUUUUCAGGGAACUCAUUCAGGGCAAUGUAUUUGGCGUUCUUGGAGCUAUGGCUUCAAGUAUAUGCAGAUGAAAGUCUUAUUGAAAAUUGUGUUUAGAUUUCUCUUGAGUGUUAUCUAUCACUCAGGUUGAGUUUUAGGUGUGUAACAUGAUGUACUAAAUCUGAUAAUGCAUAAAUAUUAAUUUGGGGAUUGAAGAAAUUAAUUGAAAUUAUGUUGAAUAAAUUUAAAUACUAAACAAAGUGCACCACUGCUAUUCUUUAAUGUGUUUUAAG